CUUUUCGGCACCGACAGCACUGUGAUGAAACAACACCGGUAGACGACGCCGGCCGAAGUUGUGUGUGAGGACCGAUUUGACGUCCACAAGCGGGGCGGUUGGCGGGGAUGGGAGAUGAUGGAGGACAAAGGCCCUCGUGUAGCCGACUACUUCGUGGUGGCCGGUCUGACGGACCCGUCCAAGCCGUUGGACCAGGAGAUCCACUUUGAUGACGUCUGCCACAAGACGGCCAAGCCAAAGGCGCCCAUCACCGAUGUGGCAGUGGUAAUCCGUUCGAUGGGCGAGGAGGUGCCACCAGGGUUCACUUGCAUAGAGGAAACACCAACCGGCCAUUCGGCUGAUCUUAAUACUGGUGGCCUCAUGGCACCCCAGAUCUUCCUGUGCUACAGGCGCGGUCGCGACAAGCCGCCACUCACUGACCUGGGCGUGCUGUAUGAGUGGAAGGAGCGACUGAAGCAGGGCUGCCAUCUCAUCCAGACCACACCCUCCGGUCGACCAGCCAACAUCAGCGGCAAUUCCUCCCAGCGCAUCUAUGUCACCUACCGCCGGGCGCCCGAGAGCCAGCCGCACACCGCCCUGGCCGUCACUGACAUCUGCAUCAUCAUCCCGAGCAAGGGAGAGACGCCCCCACACACCUUCUGCAAGGUGGAGAAGAAUCUCAACAGCAGCAUGUGGGGCUCCUCUGUCUACCUGUGUUAUAAGAAGUCUGUGGCCAAAACCAACACAAUAGCCUACAAAGCAGGUUUAUUCAGCAGAUAUCCGGAGGAGGACUAUGAGUCAUUCCCUCUGCCAGAGUCUGUCCCUCUCUUCUGCCUUCCCAUGGGGGCCACAAUCGAGUGCUGGCCCGCUAACACCAAAUACUCCCUCCCUGUUUUUUCCACCUUUGUCCUCACCGGAGCCUCUGGAGAGAAGGUGUAUGGUGCUGCCAUUCAGUUCUAUGAGACCUACCCGCAGGAGUGUUUGACCGAUCAGCAGCGCUCCCAGCUGGGUCUCCUAAACCCAGAUCCACACAAACCCUCCUCCUCCAACACUACGAUGGCAGCCACCAGCAGCAGCACCAACAGCACCACAACCCCGCGCUCUGUUUACACCAACAAGUGUAUCUGUCUGCUGUCCCACUGGCCUUUCUUUGAUGCUUUCCGCAAGUUCCUCACAUUCCUCUAUCGCUACUCCAUCUCCGGCCCACAUGCCCUGCCCAUCGAGAAGCACAUCUCGCAUUUUAUGCACAAAGUUCCCUUCCCUUCCUCCCAGAGGCCCCGCAUCUUGGUGCAGCUUUCCCCUCAUGACAGUUUGAUGUUGAGCCAGCCAGUGUCUUCUCCUUUGCCGCUCAGUGGCGGUAGAUUUUCCACCCUGCUCCAGAACCUCGGACCAGAGAACGCUGUCACGUUGCUCGUGUUUGCUGUCACUGAACAUAAGAUCCUGGUUCACUCGUUACGACCUGCCGUACUGACCAGCGUCACUGAAGCUCUGGUGUCUAUGAUUUUCCCGUUCCACUGGCCAUGCCCGUAUAUUCCUCUAUGCCCCCUGGCAUUGGCUGACGUGUUGAGUGCCCCCUGUCCAUUCAUUGUAGGAGUUGACUCUCGCUACUUUGAUCUGUAUGACCCCCCACCAGACGUGAGCUGCGUGGACCUGGACACAAACACCAUCUUCCACAAUGAAGAUAAGAGAGCCCUCACAUGGAAGAUCCUGCCAAAGAAAGCCUGUAAAAACCUAAUGAAUGUGCUGAGCAAUCUCUACCAGCAGCUGGUUGACGGUCAGUACCGCCCUGACGGGCUGCUGGAGCUGAGCAUGAGUGAUUCAUCGGAGCUGAGCUGUGGGAAGAGCCUCCACACGCUGGAGCUGGAGAUCCAGGAAGCCUUCCUGCGCUUCAUGGCAGCCAUUUUGAAAGGCUACCGUUCUUUCUUACGACCUAUCACCCAGGCACCCUCCGAGAAAGCCACGGACGCCAGCUCGCUUUUUGACUUGCAAGGGUUCUUAAAGAGCCGCGACCGCUCCCACCAGAAGUUCUACUCACUGAUGACCAAAACCCAGAUGUUCAUCCGCUUCAUUGAGGAGUGCUCCUUUGUCAGCGACAAAGACGCCAGUCUGGCCUUCUUCGAUGACUGUGUGGACAAACUCUACAAUUCAGAGCGGAGUGCAGACAAAGGAGGCAAGGUGGACAGUGACAGGCCGGAGGAGACCAGGCUGAUAGAGAUUGAUGAAUCCCAGCGCAGUGAGCACACAGUCUUUAUCACACCUCCAGAGCUGCCUCCUCUGCCUGAGGGGGAGGAAUAUCCACUAUGCUACAGGUACGAUGGUUUCCCAGUGUUAAGUCUUGACCUGUUUGACCCCAUGGAGGGCCUGCGGACCCCCUCCUCCCGCCUCGCUGCCAGGCACAGCUGUCCCACCAGCCCUGCCCCCAUGUUUAGACGCACUAAGCAGGAGAUCAAGUCAGCCCAGAAGAUAGCUAAGAAGUACUCGUCCAUCCCCCAGCUGUGGUCCAAGUGCCUGCUCCGUCACUGCUACGGCCUGUGGUUCAUCUGUCUGCCAGCAUACGUGAAGGUGUGCCACUCCAAGGUGCGGGCACUCCGCACCGCCUACGACAUCCUCAGGAAGAUGCAGGCAAAGAAGCUGCAGCCCCCUGACGAGGUCUGCUACCGCGUACUGAUGCAGCUGUGUGGACAGUACGGCCAACCUGUCCUGGCAGUCAGGGUCCUCUUUGAGAUGAAGAAGGCCGGAGUCCACCCCAAUGCCAUCACUUAUGGCUACUACAACAAGGCGGUGUUGGAGAGCACGUGGCCCUCCAGCACCAGAGGAGGAUACUUCCUGUGGAUGAAGCUGAGAAAUGUCGUUCUGGGCGUGGCGCAGUUCAAACGGGCGCUACGACGGCACGCUCCCCUCACCCAGAGCCCUCUGUCAGAUGGCAGCGACCUGGACGCCGUGAGUCACGGCAGCCUGGAUAGCUCUGCCGACACUAACCUGGCCGAGCAGGGCCCCUACGCCACUGACUCCGUCAAAGUAGACCCCACUGAUGAUAGAUCUAGCACAGCCGGCCAUGGGGGCGGCAGCGUGGGCGCCAGGGCCCCGGUGGCCAACUCACACUGGGGGGGCUCUGAGCUCAGAGAAGCCACCCUCCACCCAGGAGAUCAGUCAGACUUGGGUUAUAACUCACUGUCAAAAGAGGAGGUUCGGAGAGGAGACCCCAGUGCCCCGGACUCUGCCCCUGACAAAGACGACAAGAAGGAGAGCGACUGCAGCUCCUUGUCGGAGACAGAGAGCGCCAAGGGGAGUAAAGACUGCCUCCCUCAGCUGGACAUGGAGGUCCACUCCUCCUUCAAGUCCUGCGGCAUUGUCCGCAGCACUUGUCCGUACGACGAUUCAUCCUGUAAACCUAAAAGUUCUGCCAGCGCAGGCCAUGUUGCCGGCCUCCUCUUCACUUCCUCUUUGGAUGAGAUUGGUGAGGUCCGUACCAACAGUUUGCUCAGGAGACAUAAGAGUGCUCUGGAGGAGGUGGUGGGCAGCGCCAGCAGUGGCUUGGCUCUUGACUGGCAGGGCGUAAGGGGCCGCCGCCUGAGCGGCGACACAGUGGGCAGCAGCGGCAGUGGCACCACUGUCCUGGGGCUGGGUAUGAGCCAGGGUGAAACCGAUCCAGAUAAGAUUGCAGGACAUCUGGGCGCAGACGUUAAAAUUCUCUCUGGUACCAACUUCACUAAGAAUAAGAGGCCUUGCUCGUUGGCUCUGGGUGGGUUAGAUGGGGCAGCUGCGACGGCAAGCGCUGCCAGAAGUCGUGAUCACAGGGAGGAGGAAGAGGAGACAGAGGGACAGGACUCCAGUGAUGAAGACAGAAGUAAUACAGAGGCCAUUUUUGAUUUGGAGGAUCUGGAUUUGGACAAGCCUGCAACAGGGGUGGGCGUCAGCUCUCACAAAACCAACAAACCUCAUAAAAAACUCAUUGAACGCAGCGCCAGCUAUGGUGGCAUGAGCACCGAGACGUCCAGAGGAGCCGUCAAGCGCACAGGUAUCGAGAUGGGUUUCGACCCCCUGUCCCUGCUGGCCGCAGAGUCACAGAUCGAGCAGGAAAAUGAGGAUCAGUACCCAGAGGGGGACGAGGCCAGCACGCCGAGCGCCCGCAGGCACCUCGCUAGGGAGAUUGAGCUCUACAUGAACCACAUGGGCAGCCCGCUGAGCAGCCGUACACCCAGCAUGGACCUGCAGGACCCAGCCAGCCCCCUCCUCUUCCACCCCUCCUCACUCUCUGCCCCCCGCAGAGCCAGCCUGCCCCACAGCUCCCCCCUCAGGACUGCUGGGGUGCCGCGCUCCCGCACCUUCCACCCACCCUCGCCCUCCCAAACCAUCUCACGACAACGUCUGUGGUCGUCGCCUCCCUGUCGUAGCUCCAGUACCACCCCCAGCCCCAGCCCCCGGCCCAGUCCAUACAGGGAGAGGACAGAUAGGAUGAGCCUGGCGUCACCUUCACCCUCCUCCUCCUCUUUUGCUCUGGACACUCUGCUCACACCAACCCUUGAUGUAUUCAAGACCAGUGUGUUCUCUGCUGGGAAGGGCGUGGCGGAGAAGGCAAGCCGCUGGUAUUCCCGUCUUGCCACAUACACCACACCUACCAAGGACGGUCACAGUGACCGCCUGAGUGUGUCCUCCCUCGGGGUUGGGGAUCCAGACUGCUCCUCCCUGCUGGAUGAGGAGGAUUGUAGGGAGUCUGAGAGCUCCUUGGUCUCUCCGCAGAGGAACGGCCCCAUGGGGCCCCGCCGGAGCCCCAGACGCAGCCCCCUCCGCAGCAGACUGGACAGCCCUGCUGCAGCCUCCAGCCUUGGAAGACCCACAUCUCUGCUCCCUGGAUGUGUCCUCUCGCCUCCUGGCUUCCCUCUGCCAGACAAGUCGGACCUCGGCUCCUCUCGCUACACCAGCAACACCAGCAUCUUCAACAACUAUGCCAUGGAGCUGCUGAUCUCCAGCUGUUCUCGCUGUAAGACGUGUGACUGCCUGGUGUACGACGAGGAGAUCAUGGCCGGCUGGACCGCAGACGACUCCAACCUGAACACCACCUGCCCCUUCUGUGGAAACCCCUUCCUGCCCUUUCUCAACGUGGAGAUCAGGGACAUGCGAGGACCUGGCAGGCUUUUCCUGAAGGGUAGCCCGUCGGUGGAUGAGGCCAUGACCUCAUCGUACUCGGCCUCCACAGGUUUGGACACGGGCACGUCCACCUUGUCCACCCCCUGUCCUACAACAGCUGUCUCCCCUCCCUCCCCUGUGAUUGCCGUCCAGGACUGCUCAGGGAGUGGAAGGACACGAUCGACCAGGGCUCAAGGUAUCCACAUCCCUUCAGACCGCCGGCAGAGGGGGCUGUCCCCCGGAGCACCCAUGGCCCGCAGCGUCAGUGCUUUUGGUCCCCUGGAGGAAGCAACUCGACUCAACCGCUGUGUGCCGACAUCAGGCAGCCUGCCGAGCCGUCUCAAUGAAGCCACGGACCCACUGAGCAUGGAGUGGCGGCUCCACAACCCAGAGCCGGUGACGGUUCCUUACCUGAGCCCACUGGUGCUGUGGAAGGAGCUGGAGAGUCUGCUGGAGAACGAGGGCGACCCGGUGAUCACUGAGGCCGACAUGGUGGACCAUCAUCCCAUUAUCUACUGGAACCUGGUCUGGUACUUCAGACGGCUGGACCUGCCCAGCAACCUUCCGGGUCUCAUCCUCACCUCUGAGCACUGCAACAGGGACUCCCAGGUUCCUCGUCACUGGAUGUCAGAGGACAGCAAACACGUGCUGAUCCAGAUCCUGUGGGACAACCUGAAGCUGCACCAGGACCCCCUCCAGCCUCUCUACAUCCUCUGGAACACAUACAGACUUAAUUGUACUCUGUUGUUAGAGAAUGUGGGUUACCCUCUGUCCCGGCCGGUCUCGGAGGAGGAGAAGCCGUUCAGCGAGGAGUUACUGCAGAGCGUGGUGAAGAGCAUCCAGAGGAACGACGUCAGCCGGCCGAUGUCUCAGCUGCUGCAGCUGCUGGGCCAGACGCUUGGGAUCAAAAGGCAAAGGAGUUUGUACAGGGACAUCCUCUUCCUCUCCCUGGUGGCUCUGGGAAAAGAUAACAUUGAUAUUGACGCCUUCGAUCGGGAGUACAAGCUGGCGUACGACCGCCUCGUGCCGAGCCUGGUGAAGCUGACCCACAACUGUGACCGUCCUCCCAGCACGGGGGUGAUGGAGUGCCGCAGGACAUUUGGAGAGCCUUACCUGUAAACGCUCACCUUCACGGGCCAGGAGCAACUUCAGUCAUUGUUUUAAGACGAGCUCAGGAAACCUGUCGGAAGACUGUGAAUGUGCACUACGGAAACGCUUUGGGAAAACUCUGCGAGUGAUCAAAAAGGUGCAGUUGACAGCGCUCAGCGUCAUGUAGCCCUGAACAAAAAAAAAAAAGUUUUACGGACUUCAUCUGAAUGAACGUUCAUAAACACAACUUCAUCCAGUGUUGUUGAUGUUCACCUGGUUUCUUUAGAAAUCCUGUGAAAAUUACACAAAAUUACUGUAAAUACACCGCAGUAGAGGGUUUUUUUUUUUAAUGCAACAUUUAUAUUGUAUAGUCGUACAGAAUAUGAAGACUAAUAUUAGCAAUAUUUUAACUUGAACUCUAUUUAUACAAAGUAAGCUUUAUUUAUUGUAGUGUUUUGUCAUGUGGUCGCUGUUGUCUCGCAGGUUAAACCAGCGCGACCUGAACACUCACUGCUCAUUUCCAGCAAACUGAAGAGAUGUCACUGUACAGAUUUAGUGUCUGUUUUCAGUUAGGACUAGUUGGAGCAUAAAAAAAAAAAAAAAUUAAAAUUAGAGCUGCAACGAUCAGCCAAUCCAACUAAAAUAACUCAGAAACGAUUUUGCCCGUUGAUUGAUCGUUUCAGUCGUUUUUCCACCGGGUUCCAGCGUCUCCAGUGUGAGAAUCUGCUGUUUUAUUUGUCACACCUGUUGAUCAGACAAAACGAGCAGAUUUCAGACAUUACAGUGGAAAAGUCCGACUGGACUGUGGGUUCAUGCCUUUUGUGCAUUAUUAAGAUUGCAAACAUUUCAUAGACAAACCAUUUAAAUGAUUAAUCAAUGAAUUGACCAAUAAUGAAAACAGUUGCAGCCCUAAUUUCAAUGUUUGAGCCACUUUAAAAGCUGCCUUUGAUGUUAGUCCAGUAUCUGAACAUAACGUCCGCUGUGCUGCCACAACCACUUACAGUUGUGCUCGUUUCAUUCUAAUGUAAAGUGUACGAAACAUUUUGAAAUAUUUUUUCAUCCUAUGAAUAAUAACUUUUUAGUUGGCUUUGCUGUUUGUUAACCUCAGUGUGUCUAUUCAUCGUCUCUGUGCUUCAGACUGUUGGCAGAUGAAUUUGGAGAGAACUCACUACAGUACAGUUUGUCCGAAAUAUAGAGAAGCUGUUCUGAAAUACUAAACCAAAUAUGAUGCAGGCAGUCACUGUCAGUGCUGAAAAACAAAUUAAACUAAAAAACUAAACACCUUUUAGCAGCCAUAUUGGAGGUUUACAGCUCUUAAAGGAAAAUCCUGGUACAUGUUGCUACUUUAUGUACUUACUGCCACUACAACGAAGUCUGACAGGAGGAGAAACACAUUAAGAUACGUAAACCACCUCAUUUGGAGGUAAAACAUGAAUUGUUGGUAAUAAUCUCUCACUGCACAGGAAACAUGCAGCAAAAUGUCCACAAACUUGAUAUUUCAGGAGGGAAAAAAAAAGCUUUACCCACAUUGUCACUUAUUUUUACAUAUCUGUGGUACAAUUUCUCAACCAGCCUGAUUUUACAUUUUACAACCACUUAUUGAAUGUUUGCGUUCGGCCUGUGGUAGUAACGAAUCAGAUUGGAGGGUGCAGACCCCAGCCACAGUGCCGAUGAGCUUUGAAUUGUUUUUAUGAGGCGGCGUCUGUGAUUCCUCUAAAGUGCAUUAUUGAGAUUUUAUGAUUGUCACUGGGUUGUUUUUACGAUCAGAUAUCUGUGAAAAGCUCAGAGUGCAGUUUUGGGAGAAUGAAAAUGUCCUCUGAGGUAACAUCCCGUCGUGUUGUUUCAGUAUCUGUCACUCAGCAGCUUUACCUCCAUCAUAUCAAAGUAAAACCAAAAAGGGAUUCUGGUUUCAGUGGCCACAGGAGACACUAAUGAUACAUUAACAGACGGUGGGAUACGAGUGUUUUCUAGCUAGCUUCAGCACAUAUCAGCCUGUGUUAGAGCUCCACUGAACAGAACUCAAAGACCUCUUUAGCAAAACCUGGAGCUCAGAGGAAUCUUUGACCAAACAGACUCUGGUAGAACUGGAUUUUCAUGUGUGUGUUAAUGAUGACUGAUAGACGGACUUGAUGGUUGACCGAGGACCCUGAACUCAUGGUGGUCUCAUGAAUCUCAACCAUGUGUGAUUUGUGGUCAGUAAGUUGCACUUUGCCCCUUGAAAAGUAAACCGACUGUUUUCAUCUUGAAAAUCCGGUCGAGGUCCAGGAGAGGACGCAUCAACUUUGAGGUCGGCAGCUGGAAAAAGCUGCCAAUCAUCUGUGGAUACUUGUUGUGUUUAAAAGUUGUACAAAUGAAUGAUUUUUGCAGAAUCUGGGGCUGUGUACAUUUGAACCCGCCCUUUGUAGAAAUCACAUUUUAUAACAAUUUAUUCACACGUGCAAAGGUCCUUUUUAGAUGUGAAGAUUCUGUACAGCGACUAGAUC